AUGCUAUUUGAGCUUCCAGAUAAAAUUGGCAAAGCAUUUGGAAAUGGUACACUUUCGAUCUAGUCAAGCAAAAAUAAUAAAUUGGCUGAACUUAUCAAUUCUAAAUAUACUGAAGAUAUAGUUGAAGCUAUCAGAAUGCUAUAUUGCGUAUCAAUAUCAUCAAUAAAUAUAGUAAUAUUUACAAAAUAAAGAUCUAACUCUUUAUAUGUCUAGAAUAAUUAAUUUACUCCCAAGAGAAGAUCUUGAAUUAAAAAAAUUAUGUUAAAUAUUGAUAAGUGAAUUUGCAGCUUAGCCAAAUGCAAGAACAAGCAAAUCCCAAGGAGAUGUCCUUAUUUUGGCUACUGCUCCAAUUUUUAAAGAUUUAACUAAUUAAAAUACUUCAAUAAAAUUAAAUGCUCUGAAAACAUUAUCAAGUUUGAGAAUUUAAGAACUUACACCAAUGUUAUUUACAGCAAUAAGAAAGAUUUAAUCUGAUAAAAAUCCAUUAGUAAGAAGAAGUGUUGCGUUAUCAAUUCUAAAAAUGCAUGAUAUGUGUAGUGAUGAUGUUUAACCAGAUGAUUAUAAUGAUAUUAUUAAUUUUCUGCUUAAAGACACUCAUCAAACUAGAUUAUAUGCUAUCNCAAUUUAAGAUAUAGCAUUUCGAGUUAAUUUGAAAGACUGA